AGCUCGGGAACAGGGUCGCGCGCGCGUCUCUCCUACACGCUCUCCAGGGUGUUUGCAGAAACAUCUGUUCGUUUCCUGCACAGCAACCCGGCUGCAAGAAACAAACCAUGUCUAUUCUCAAGAUCCAUGCCCGAGAGAUCUUUGACUCCCGUGGGAACCCCACUGUUGAGGUUGACCUCUGCACCUCAAAAGGUCUCUUCCGAGCUGCCGUGCCCAGUGGUGCCUCCACAGGCAUCUAUGAGGCCCUAGAACUCCGUGACAAUGAUAAGACUCGCUACAUGGGGAAGGGUGUCUCAAAGGCUGUUGAGCACAUCAAUAAAACUAUCGCACCUGCUCUGGUUAGCAAGAAACUGAGUGUUGUGGAACAAGAGAAGAUCGAUAAACUGAUGAUUGAGAUGGAUGGCACUGAAAAUAAAUCCAAAUUUGGUGCAAACGCCAUCCUGGGAGUGUCCCUGGCUGUCUGCAAAGCUGGUGCCGCAGAAAAGGGAGUGCCCCUUUACCGUCACAUCGCUGACUUGGCUGGCAACCCUGAAGUCAUCCUGCCCGUUCCAGCUUUCAAUGUGAUCAACGGCGGUUCUCAUGCUGGCAACAAGCUGGCCAUGCAGGAGUUCAUGAUCCUCCCUGUGGGGGCGUCCAGUUUCCGGGAAGCCAUGCGCAUUGGGGCAGAGGUUUAUCACAACCUGAAGAAUGUCAUCAAGGAGAAAUACGGGAAGGAUGCCACCAAUGUGGGUGAUGAGGGCGGGUUCGCACCCAACAUCCUGGAGAACAAAGAGGCCCUGGAGCUGCUGAAGAACGCAAUUGGGAAGGCCGGCUACACCGACCAGGUUGUCAUCGGCAUGGAUGUGGCUGCCUCUGAGUUCUUCCGGUCUGGCAAGUAUGACCUGGACUUCAAAUCUCCUGAUGAUGCCAGCAGGUACAUCACGCCUGACCAGCUGGCUGACCUGUAUAAGUCCUUCAUCCAGGACUAUCCAGUGGUGUCCAUCGAAGACCCCUUCGACCAGGAUGACUGGGAGGCCUGGAAGAAGUUCACAGCUAGUUCAGGCAUCCAGGUGGUUGGGGAUGAUCUCACGGUAACCAACCCUAAGAGGAUUGCCAAGGCUGUGAGUGAGAAGUCCUGCAACUGCCUCCUGCUCAAAGUGAACCAGAUUGGCUCUGUGACCGAGUCUCUGCAGGCGUGUAAGCUGGCCCAGUCCAAUGGUUGGGGCGUCAUGGUGUCCCAUCGCUCUGGGGAGACUGAGGAUACUUUCAUCGCUGACCUGGUUGUGGGACUCUGCACUGGGCAGAUCAAGACUGGUGCCCCAUGCCGAUCUGAGCGCCUGGCCAAGUACAAUCAGAUCCUUAGAAUCGAGGAAGAGCUGGGCGGCAAGGCCAAGUUUGCCGGCAGGUGCUUCAGGAACCCCCUGGCCAAGUAAAGUGUGUGUGGAGAUCCCUGGAGCCACCGGCUGCUUUGACCCUGUCCCUGAUAUCAACGAGGCGGCUCAAAGCUGGCCCAGCGCCUGUCCCUCCCAUGCCGCCGCUUCCUUAGACGGUCCUUAGACAGCCACACCUGACCACCUUGAGCCUGCUGGAAACCCCAGCUUUGUAAUCAUGUGAUUGGUCUGAAUCAUUGUUUCUGUCACCUCACUUCCAAGCUAAGUGUCUGAAGCCCAUUGUAAUCUUUAGGGUGGCCGCAGGUAAGAUCCCUGCCCCAGCGGUUCUACAUGCAAAAUAAAAGCCUCAGUGACCCAUAAAAAAAA